UAGAUAAACUUUGAACAAGCUAGAGGCUUGUGUUUGGGAGGUUUUUGGUGCUCCCCUUUGUUCCUUCUUUUUGGUUGAUUUGAGUUACUUUAGACUGAUGUGUUUGCACCUCUUGUCAUUUAAUUAGCACUCAGUGAUUUCUGAAUUUGUUGGUUCUUUACUUUUGUUUAAUUGGCUUAAGUUGUAUUGUGUUUUGGUUCUGUGAAAACCUUCUCUUGUAAUAAAUCAUUCUUUCAUUCCACUUUUUUCUCUGAACACAUUUUUAUGUUACCGCCCCUGGACUCCUAGACCUUGGGGGCGUAACAUAAGUGGGGGCUCGUCCGGGAUCCUCGUUAAGAGGAUCCCUCUGUUCAGAGUUAGAAGAGGAACAUUUUUGGUUGUCUGUAUCCAGCAACUAUGUCAGGUACAUUCAGUCUGGAGCACUUUUUAGCCGAUCCCUCUCUUGAGCUUAUUGAUAGCUGCCGCAAGAAUGAAUUGCUGCAAAUUGUGGAGUACUUUCAGCUGCAGGUCCCAAAACAGGUCCUUAAAGGUGACCUAAAGGCUCUGAUAGUGGAUAAGUUGGUGGAAAUUGGGGUGAUCAAAGAGCCUGAUCUGCCUGAGGCUGCUGCGGUGCCAAGCCGAGAGACCCUGUCUGUGGAGGACUUCAAAGAUGGUCCUAGUGCGGAAGCAGCAGUGAGUGACCGGGGAAAGACACCUCGCACACUCCCUCGCUAUGAUCCACUGUCUUCUGUGAGUUCAGAAGGACGAGAUGGAGCUCGUUUGAAGGUGCGGUUGGCACGUCUCCAAAUGGAGGCUGAGGAAAAAGCCCAGGACAGAAGAGCUCAGCUGGAGCUUGAGGUCAGGAGACUGGAAAUAGAGGCUGAUAAAGCUAUAAAGCUGCGCAAACUUGAGCUGGAGGCCCAGACUCGAGCGCCCUCUGCCUCUGUCACCCCCGGUUCCACCUCCAUGUCUGCUAUGCCAUUUGACAUCAGUAAGUGUAUUUCUUUAGUACCUGCUUUUAGAGAAUCUGAGGUGGACACAUACUUUGCAGCAUUUGAACGCAUUGCGGGUGCUUUGCAAUGGCCUAGGGAAACCUGGCCACUCUUGUUACAAUGUAAGUUUUCUGGUAAAGCUCAAGAUGUGUUGGCAGCGCUCCCUUUAAAAGAUAGUUUAGACUAUGAUCUGGUUAAAGCUGCUGUCUUACAAGCCUAUGAGUUGGUCCCAGAAGCUUAUAGACAGAAGUUUCGACAGCAGAAGAAAACUAUCGGACAAACGCAUGUUGAGUUUGCCAGAGAGAAAUCCAUUCUCUUUGAUAAGUGGUGUACUGCAUCCAAGGUAAAUAAUUAUGAGACAUUACGUGAGCUAAUAUUGCUGGAAGACUUUAAGAAGUGCAUUCCAGAUCGGGUGGUGGUGUACCUAAAUGAACAGAAGGUGACCACUUUGGCAUCUGCUGCUGUUCUGGCUGAUGAGUAUGCCCUUACCCAUAAGUCAUCCUUCACUCUUAAUGAAAAGUCACAUAUUGGCUCUGUACCACAGUCUCAGAUGGUUAAAACCACGGUUCCAAAAGAAAGCCGUGAAUGUUUUUAUUGUCACAAACCUGGACAUGUCAUCGCUGAUUGUUUAGCUCUAAAACGCAAAAAUCAGUCAAAUUCUACACAAACUAAAGGUGUUGGUUUUGUGAAAAAAGAACCUCGUAAUAAGAACGUUGGUUGUGGUGACAAAUUACCUGAUCCCUGUUUUAUACCAUUCAUUUUCGAUGGCUUAAUCUCAUUGACGGCUGAUCCCUCUGAUUUGAAGCCAGUACGUAUCCUGAGAGAUACUGGAGGUUCCCAGUCAGUCAUUCUCGCAAAUGUUUUACCGUUCACACAUGAGAGUGCCUGUGGUUAUAACUCUGUUCUGAGGGGGAUAGAGAUGGGCUACGCUCCAAGACCAGUCCACAGAGUUUACAUAAAAUCCAAACUUGUCACUGGCUUUUUCCCUGUUGCUGUCUGCCCGGAGUUACCCAUAGAUGGGGUGGCUAUGCUAAUGGGAAAUGACAUUGCUGGAGGUUUAGUACUUCCCAGUCUGGAAGUUUUAGACAAUCCUUUAGAUCAGAUAACCCCAGACUCUUCAGACCCUGGGUUGUACCCAGCCUGUGUGGUCACCCGUGCUCAAGCACGCAAGGAUCGGGAUAUUUCAAUUUCUGAUUCUGUUCUGAUGUCUCCAUUUUCCAGUGAGGGCGACGCACAAACCAAAAGUAACAGCAUCUCGUUACUUCCAGAUUUGGUGGAGCUGGAGGAGCCUUGUCCACUCUUGGAGAAAACAUCCAUCCCCCUGACCAGACAACACUUGUCAUCUGCUCAACAAGCUGAUGAAACAUUACAAAGAUGUUUCAGAAAUGUGGAUUGAAGACUGCGUGGACAAUAUUGGAGCUGCAAAAUACGUUACAAAGUUGGACCUUCUUAAGGGUUAUUGGCAAGUCCCUUUGACUGAAAGGGCUUCCAACAUUUCAGCUUUUGUGACCCCAGAUGACUUUUUGCAAUACACUGUUAUGGCAUUUGGUAUGUGUAACGCUCCAGCUACUUUUCAGAGACUGAUAAAUACAGUACUGCGUGGCAUCUCCAACUGCAGUGCGUAUUUAGAUGACUUGGUGGUGUAUACUGAAACCUGGCAGGAACAUUUGCAAACACUAUAUCAAGUAUUUCACAGUUUGGCCCAAGCUUCCUUGACCCUUAACCUUGCUAAGUGUGAAUUUGGCAAGGCCACAGUGACAUAUUUAGGCAGAGAGGUGGGGCAAGGCCAAGUCCGUCCCCUCAACGCUAAAGUUGUAGCAAUUAAUGAUUAUCCCACACCCAAAACACGCCGUGAACUACGUAGAUUUCUUGGCAUGGUUGGCUAUUACCGGAACUUUUGUAGAAAUUUCUCCUCAGUAGUUCAACCAUUAACCAAUCUACUCAGCCCAAAGACUGAUUUUGUUUGGUCAGAGAAAUGCCAGAAUUCUUUUGAAAGUGCUAAGUUUCUUCUUUGUCACACACCAGUACUAGCUGCACCUGAUCUGACCCGACCUUUCAAGCUGGAGGUGGAUGCCAGCGCUGUUGGGGCUGGUGCAGUGCUAAUUCAGGAAGAUUUGCAGGGUUUAGAUCAUCCUGUUUGCUAUUUCUCUCGCAAGUUCAACAGACAUCAACUGAACUAUUCCACCAUUGAAAAAGAAACCUUGGCUCUGUUGUUGGCUCUUCAGCACUUUCAUGUCUACCUUGGUUCCAGUAGUUUACCGAUUGAUGUAUUCACAGAUCAUAAUCCACUAGUAUUUCUUUCUCGCAUGUAUAACCACAACCAGCGCCUUAUGCGGUGGGCAUUACUGUUGCAAGAAUACCAUUUAAACAUUCGGCAUAAGAAAGGAGCAGAAAAUGUUCUUGCAGAUGGCCUGUCCAGGAUGUGAGUAUUCUUUUGUUUUGUGUAACAUUCAGCAUUUACAAAACCUGGUUUUGUAAUUUAAGGGGGGGAGUGUUACGGCCCCUGGCCUCUUAAGGCUGUGCAGGCUCUUUUUUUUUCUAUUAUGCAGGAUCAGCUGU